AUGGACAACUCAUCUCUCAUGCUAGCGAUUCAGCUCCAGCAGCAAGACCUGAAUAUCUGGGAGCAGUCGGCGAAAGGAAAGCAGCGCGAAGGCAAUCUCACAGACGCAGACUUGGCUCUUGAGGCAUGUCGCAUUGAGCUUGAGGCCAUGACGGCACAAAUUUCUGACCAUGCUUUGGCCCUCAGCAUUGCGCGGGCUGUUGAUGCAGAUGCUCAGAUCAUUAUGGAAGCUCAACUGGCGGAGGAACAGGCCGCGAGAGACCAUGAGUAUGCUCUUAGGCUGGAUGCGGACCCAAGCGAGAUAGGACGGCCAUAUGGAGAACAAUCUGAAGAAGAGGGGCCAAUGUACGACGGCGAGGAUGAUUUGAUUGAUAUCCUAAGGUCUCUGAACCUUGGCGUCCCGGGAGACUCGAUCACAGGUCAGCCCGAGUCGUCAAGCUGGGCGUCCUCGCGUCAAGCGCCUGAAACUAGAGAGUGCAUCGCUUGCAACGACGAGUUUCCACCUCUUGCGCUCUCUCAGUCACCAUGCUCGCAUGAAUACUGUCGCGUAUGCCUCGUAGGCCUGGUUCGUUCCUCACUCCAAGAUGAAAGCUUGUUCCCGCCAAAGUGCUGUGGUCGCGCCAUCCCAGUCAAGCAAAGCCGAUGGUUCUCACCCCAGCUCGUCGGCCAGUUCCAGGCCAAGAAGUUGGAGUUUGACACGCCUAACCGCACGUACUGCAGCGAGCCGUCCUGUUCGACCUUUGUACCGCCUGCGUUUAUCGAAGAUGAUCUUGCCUUUGCCGAGCGCAAUUCUGCUACCUCUGUGGUGACCCCUGGAAGACUUGUACUUGUCCGCAGUGGGAAGAAGAACGUCUGA